GCCGUGGUUACGCCGAGGCACGUGCACAGUCCCGGAAGCGGCGCGGGGAAGCUGCUAGGCGCGCGCCUGCGGAGGAAGCGCAGCCCGGUCCGCGCGGAUCCUGUCCGCCCGGGCCAUGGAGUCGCUGAUCGAGCUUGCACCGCGCUGUCUUCCACUUCUGCCCUUACUGCUGCUGCUGUUGCCGGCUCCGGGGCUGGGCCCGAGUCAAACCCGGGCAGAGGACACCGACUGGGUCCGGCUGCCCAGCAAAUGCGAAGUGUGCAAGUACGUCGCCGUGGAGCUGAAGUCUGCCUUUGAGGAAACGGGCAAGACGAAGGAGGUGAUUGGCACGGGGUACGGCGUCCUGGACCGCAAGGUGGCGGGCGUCAGAUACACCAAGUCGGACUUGCGGUUGAUCGAGGUCACCGAGACCAUUUGCAAGCGGCUCCUGGACUACAGCCUGCACAAGGAGCGGGCCGGCAGCAACCGCUUUGCCAAGGGCAUGUCGGAGACCUUCGAGACACUGCACGGCCUGGUGCACAAGGGCGUCAAGGUGGUGAUGGACAUCCCCUACGAGCUGUGGAAUGAGACCUCCGCUGAGGUGGCUGACCUCAAGAAGCAGUGUGACGUGCUGGUGGAGGAGUUCGAGGAGGUGAUCGAGGACUGGUACCGGAACCACCAGGAGGAGGACCUCACCGAGUUCCUGUGUACCAACCAUGUGCUGAAGGGCAAGGACACCAGCUGCCUGGCAGAGCGCUGGUCCGGCAAGAAGGGUGACACGGCUGCGCUGGGAGGGCAGAAGGCGGAGAAGGGCGGCCAGGCCAAGGCGGCCAGCGGCAGCAACAAGCAGAGGAAGGAGCUUGGGGGACUUGAGGGGGACCCCGGUGCCAAGGACGAGGAGGAGGGGGACAUCCAGAAGGCAUCACCGCUCCCACACAGCCCUCCUGACGAGCUCUGAGUGACUUCGAGGCUGAAGAGUCUGCCGUGAUGCUGACCCGGGCUGACCCAGCUCAGGACCAGGACGGGCACCCAGCGGCUCCGGUUCCCCUCCUGGCCCAGAGUCUGGGUGGCCGCAGAACUUGCAGAAUCCAUUGUGACUCGGGAGGGACAGGGACAGGUGCUGGCACCAAGCACAAGCCCUGCAGCGUCUGAGAGCACCUGGCUUCCGACUUCCUCCCCCCCACUCCGAGAAGCGAAGACUGCACCCCAGCCCUGUACCCCCUCCUGCGGGCUCGAGUAAAGAUCUGUUGGCGUUUUGGUUGUG